CGACACUGAUGCUUUAUCUGAGGGAACUGCCUCGUGUAGUUCUUGCCCACUUUAACGACUCAGCGGCUCACUCGUCCCAAACUUGCGAAUACCUGCGAAUCUAACUCGUUGAAGAGAUGAACUCUCUAACCACUUUGAUUCACAAGAUCUUCCUGUACUCGGGAAUUUUUGCUUGGGAUGUUGUCCUCUCCUUUGGAAAUCUCUUACGGUUCAAACGUCAUGUCGGCAAGGUCACUCCGGAAGGCCAUCCAGGUUAUGGUGGCUAUUGGCCAGAGUAUAGGCCACCGAAGGAGGGCGACAGCCGCUGUUCCUGUCCUGCGCUGAACGCUAUGGCUAACCAUGGAAUCAUCGCUCGGAGUGGCCGAGGGAUUAAGUUUACCGAACUGACCAAAGCAAUUCGCCCGACGUAUAACUUUGGGUCUUCUUUCUGCUCUUUCGUACCCCAUUAUGCGGCCUUCAUGUUGAACAAGAGCUACAGCAAGGAUACAUUCGAUCUUGAAGAGCUCGACCUGCAUAAUGGCAUCGAACACGAUGCGUCGCUGACUCGGCUGGAUGCUGCGUUGCAACCAAAACAAGGGGAGAAACAUGCUCCGUACAUUGAAGAACUGCUCUCCUUUGCCACGGGCAAUAAUGGGAGCCUCAUAACGAUCAAAGAUAUGUCAAGGAUCCUAGGCAAACGCCGUGCACAUUCCAAGGCAAACAACCCAAGUUACUCACUCAGCACCUUCCACAAAGUUUUUGGAAGUGCCAAUUCGUCUACUAUGUUAAGGAUCUUCGGAGGUCGGGUAGACGACUUGCGCACGGUGCUAUUGGAAGAGCGCUUACCCGAGGGAUGGGAAUCGCGUGUUCGUGAACCGUAUGGUUUGACCAUGCUCGCCUUCAAUCGGACGGUUUUACCGGUGGAGUGGGGCGUGGAUGAGUCCGAGUGGGCGGACAAGGUCAAGCAGGACAACGAGCGAGCUUGAAAAGCUUUUCGCCGAGAUCGUCGUACUGGAGUCCGGAAUAGCUCUUCAAUGUCAUGAUAUCAUGUCUAAUGAUCGCCCCGGUGCAGACUAUGCAACCUACUUCAUUUACGUGGUUACGUUCCUCAUCAUGAUUCCAUUAUGAUUGUAAAUCUUUUGUAUCAUACGUUUGGCUCGCCUUUUGCCUGAACUUAGCUUAGCUUGGGAUGGUUUGAGAUAAGAGGGCUUUUUCGGUCGUCGGUGGCGGGGGUCCUUGCUAUUGUCGUGACCCGAUGGCAAGAGUACAGAACUUGAAGCUGGUUAUUGGUGUUGCCGAGUGAGGUGACCUCGAUCAGGUGAAGUUGGACUUGGUACCUUCGAAAAUUGACUAGUUUGAUGCAGUUCGAAGGAAGUCAAACAAAGUGCCGGAUCGAACUCUCCCCGAACUGAUCGUAGUAUAUGGACUCGGA